CCCCUUCUCGCUCCUGAACGCCAAAAAAACUUCGGGGCCGCGAUCAUGGGGCGAGCCGAGGAGCUGGUGAGGAUUGCAAAGAAGCUGGAUAAGAUGGUGACCAGGAAGAACACGGACGGAGCUCUGGAUCUGCUGAAAGAACUGAACGGCUACACGAUGACCAUCGAGCUGCUGCAGUCCACGAGAAUUGGCGUGGCCGUCAACGCUGUCCGGAAGCAGUGCUCGGAUGAAGAGGUGGUGGCCCUGGCGAAAAUCCUCAUCAAGAACUGGAAACGGCUGCUAGAGUCCUCGGGGACCCCGAAGAGAGAGAAGGCCCUGGAAGGGCAAAAGGAUAAAAAAGAAAAAAGUCUCGACUUUCCCAGCUGGCAGCCUGAAGGGGCGAAUUCCCAUCCAGUGAAACGCUGCAAAAGCCCAGCUGAGAAGCACAAGGCAAAGGACAAAGGAAGGGACUUUCCCAACCAUAAGGCAGUGGGCCCUCUUCCUGGCUCGAAGAAACAUUCAUCGGAUCAGAAACAGGACAGGAAAUCCAGCAAGUCCGGCUCUCACACGGCAGCCCCAAAGAGUCAUUCUGCAGACUCCAAGCCAGACAGGGAGACCAGCGACUGCAGGGCUCUUCCCGCCACCUCUAAAAAGUUGCACUCGGACGGCAAGAAAGAGAGGAGAGACUCUGCAGACUCCAGAUCUUCCACCAUCACCACUGCCUCCUCCUCUUCCUCCCCUCAGAAGAGACCAUCGGUGGAAAGGAGGCCCUCUACAGGCUCCAACCCAGCAGCCUCUCCCCCCGGCUCUCGGAAGAACUCCAGUGAUGGCAAAGAGGAAAGACCCAACAGCGGCAGAUCCAAAGCCGAGACCCCCAAGACUCCCAGCAGCCCCUCGAGUCCCACGUUCGCGCCGACCAUCUGCUUCCUGGCGUCCUGCUACCUCACGGGCGACUCGGUGCGGGACAAGUGCGUCGAGAUGAUCUCGGCCGCCCUGAAAAUGGAUGAUGAUUACAAACAGUUUGGAGUCAACUGUGACAAGAUGGCCUCUGAAAUCGAAGAUCAUAUCUUCCAAGAGCUGAAGAGCACGGACAUGAAGUACCGCAACCGCGUGAGGAGCAGGAUCAGUAACCUGAAGGACCCCAAGAAUCCCAACCUGCGGAGGAACGUGCUGAAUGGAGCCAUCUCCCCCAGCCUCAUUGCGAGGAUGACGGCAGAGGAGAUGGCGAGCGACGAACUGAAGGAGCUGAGGAAUGCCAUGACCCUAGAAGCCAUCCGGGAGCAUCAGAUGGCGAAGACUGGGGGCACCACCACGGACCUCUUCCAGUGCGGCAAGUGCAAGAAGAAGAAUUGCACUUACAACCAGGUCCAGACGCGUAGCGCCGAUGAACCCAUGACAACGUUCGUGCUGUGUAACGAGUGCGGGAACCGCUGGAAGUUCUGCUGAGGCCGCUCCCGUUUGCACCCGGGCCACCCGCGGAGACGAUGCAGCCUGACGGCAAAGGAGAAUCUCUGACCAUCCAAAUUUGAAACUGGGGGUGGGAGGGGGGAGGGGAGGGGAAGAGAACUAACCCGUUGAGGGAGGAGCUGAAAGUCCCUCCCUAUUGGCUCCCGUGAAUGUAAUGAGGAUUCGCUCACUGGCUAGAGGGAGGGAUUGUUUGGAGUUAGGGGUACCCGACCCUCAAGUCCAGAAGGGGCAGUGCCAGGGUGACGCCUCUUUUUCUGAUGUGUAUAUUUUGACUGGAGUGAUCAAUGGAACCCUAGACUGGAAGGACCUGCUAGGUUGUUCUAGUCCAUCUCCCUGGAGGAAGCAAUGGGUGCUUGGAGCAUGACAGAGCCCAGGGGAAAUCUGCCCUGCCAGAGGUUUUGGGGGGUUGUUCUUUGAGCUCGCAGGAUGUAACCUAACAGCAGCCGAGGUGCCCGGUU